ACCUGCUGGUUGGUCGCUGGCUCAGUCUUUGGGAGCUGUGCAACAAAUGUGACAGUGCAUUUGGGGCGUGCGGUCUCCCGGAGUAACAGCGAGCAGAGAAGCCCUGCAGAAUGCUGGGUCUCGCCUCGAUCCUUGUGGCUUUACUGUGCAUCUACAUCGUGAGCAACCUGCUGCAGGCGCAGCCCGAGCCCGUCAACGGCAGGUACUCGGUACCAGGGCGCUUUUACACUCUGAAAAAGUUGCUGGUCAUCUGUUUUUACCGUUACCGCCUGUUCAGGCAGCGGAAGGGCGCAGGCACCGAGAAUGAUGCGGACAGGCUGAAGAUGGGACUGGGGCGCAGGAAAGAGGAGCUUCAGUCCCAACCCAGUGAACGGAAAGGUGGAGGGGGUCUGGGGAUAAGCUACAGAUCUUCUGUGGAAGAAAUGGAAUGCGUGCAGGAGUUAGUGGACGACUGUCAUGCUAUCGACUCAGUUUACUUUAUGGGAUUCACAGAAGUGGAUAAAACCUAUUUUAUUGUUCGUAUUUGCCGGAAACCCAAUGACUUAUGUGAAAUAUGGGUGUUGCUUCGAGUCGAUGGAAUUGGAUAUUUUGAGCAUCCAAUCCAUCCUGAUACCAUCAGUUCUGUGGACAGUAAGAACUCAUGGAGUGGAGGUGGUCUGAAGAUGGAGUGUCUUGAGCCACAUCGGCGAUGGCGAAUCACCUUUAGCGGACUUCUCAGAAGGGGUCCAUACAAAGAUAAGUGGACUGAUGAGGAAGAGGAGCUUCUGCACGUCAAGUUUACUUUUAUCUGGACAGCCUUUUCCACAGUGUUUGACUUUGACACAGAUCUUCAUGCCAGUGCAAUUGCACAAGGUAUUGCUCAAGAGAAAUGGAGUAAAGCUUUCUUUGAUAAGCUGACAAAGUACAAUCAACAGCAGACACAUUAUGAGCAGUGGGGUCAAUAUGUUGGAGAAAUUGAGAUUGAGGGACAUGAGAGAAAUGAGCUGCUUCUUCGUGGAUUAAGAGAUCAUUCUUAUGGUAUCAGAAAUUGGGCUCAUAUGCAUCGCUAUGUUUUGCUCUUGGCACACUUUGAGAAUGGAUUAUCGGUAAAUUUAAUAAUUCUCUCCAUUUCUGCAACCACCACAAAUAUGAAUAUAGGUUAUGUGAUGUUUCCAAAUGGGAAGAAGGCAGGGAUUGACUGGUCAGAUGCCUCUUUAGCUGAGAUUGCUGAUGAUGGGAUCAUUGCUGACCUGUACAGAGUCAGCUUUACAGCAGAAGGCCAGUUAUUUCACCUGCAAAUAUCAAUUGAUAAGGAUGCCUCCCCUGUGAUGUAUGGGGGACUAACUUGGGAAAGUAGAAUCCAUGAGUGCAUAACAUAUUACCGUCUGAAUUUAACUGUUCGUGGCUGGGGCAUAAUGGAAUUUCAUUACAGAAACGAGAGUGGUCGGCAGGCUCCAGACUUUAUACCAUUUGGAAAAUUACAGGAACCUGUGGUACCAGCAUGCUCCAAGCUGGUGUUGGCACUCUCUGAUAAGACAUGCCAAUGUGCUGCAGUGGUGGGCAGUAAAGGAGCUCAGUUGGCACAGCUAAUGGAAAUGCAGAACUGCUAUAGGAACCAGUUUUUUGUGCCUAUAGGACUUUGUGUCACAAUUGCAGCCCUGGAAUAUCACAUGAAAAAGAACAACUGCCUUCAGCAAGCAGUAGCAGAGCUGAACUACGUGAUCUGCAAUGGAAAUAAGAAUGGAAACCUUCAUGAACUGUGUGGAAGAUGUGUUGAAUUGUUCAAGAGAACUGCACUGUCUCCAGAGAUAGAAUGUGCCAUUCGUGAACAGCUGACGGAGCUGAGGUUGCUGGGAGCAGAGGAGCGGUUGGCCACCAGGUCCAGUGCAAUUGGGGAGGACACAGAGGGCACAUCUGCUGCUGGGCAACUCAGCACUGAACUGGGAGUUAAAGGCUUUGAAGAGGUUUGUGAAGCUGUUCAGAAAUGCUGGGCCUCCCUCUAUUCCUUCCAAGCUGUUCAGUAUCGCCAUCAAAGGGGGCAACCAGUAGCAUCGGGCAUGGGGGUGGUGAUCCAACAGAUGGUACCAGCCCAGGCAGCAGGUGUGUUGUUUACCUGCAAUCCUGUCACAGGGCACUCGGGCAGGAUGGUUAUCAAUGCAAAUUAUGGACUCGGAGAGUCUGUGGUGAGUGGUCAUUCGGAGCCCGACACCAUCACCCUCUCGCACAAUCUGAAAGGCAAAUGUCAGAUUAUUAAGAAGGAAAUUGGAGUAAAGAAGCGAUGGUGCCUCGAAAAUGAUGACGGUGGAAUUAAAUAUGAAGAUACUUUAAUUUCUGACGCUGCAAAGUGCUGUAUCUCGGACGAUGUCAUUCUGAGAUUAGGACAAGUUGCUUUUCAGGUCAGAAAAACUUAUGGAGAUCCAAGAGAUAUUGAGUGGGCAGUCAAAGGAACAAAGAUUUAUUUGCUGCAGGCCAGACCAAUAACUACAUUCAACACUGAAUCUGAGUUUGAGCUAAUGCAUGAGUUUGAUUCUGCCUUGUCCACAGACUACGAAUGGAUGACAACCUCAAACGUUGGUGAAAUGAUGCCUGGAGCUGUGACACCUCUAACAUCAAGCAUCUUUGUGAGAGCCAUUGAAUAUGCUUUACAGGAAUUGUCAAUGAAAGCUGGAGGAAACCCUUGCUUUUCACCCUAUACCCACAAAUACUUAGGCAUCUGCUGUUCGCAUUUGUUUCUGAAUCUGAUGAGCUUGAAUGCCAACAUGGAACAGAAUAACAUCAUUACCCAGAAGAAAAUGAAUGACUUUGAACUGCUUGGACGGGUAUUGAAUGAACUAUCAUUACAUGAUGUUAUUUUGAUUCAUGGCCAAUCACCUUUGUGGAAGCGAAUUUUCAAUAUGUUUCGAUAUCUACAGUAUAUGCUCACUGCGGACUCGAGGAUAAAAAGAUUAAUGGAGAAAAUGAAGACUUAUCAGAUUCAACCUGCAAACCAAGCACUGGAAUUUUACUUCAAUAUAGAUCGGCAAUUGCCAGAGUAUUUUGAGGCAUGGUGCAUAUCACUGUCAAAAUCUUGUAGCUCUGGAAUGUGGAAUGCAGUUUUGAUAUCAAUUUUGUCGAAAGGAAAAGCAAAAUGGACCCCUGAACUAAUGGCAGAUGUUGCAGCAUUGUAUAGCACAUGUACAGAUGUUUUACCUGCUGAUAUUCCAGCAUCUAUAGAGGCGAUCGCUGAGGCAAUCCAAACUCAGGGCAAGCGUUCUGAAUUUCUAAAACUGGAUGCAGAGACUGCAGUAUCUUGGCUGCUGUCUCAGGAAAGUGGAGAUGCUGGUUGGAAAUUCCAAAACUUCCUAAAGAAACAUGGCUUUCGCUGCCUCAGGGAGGCUGAAUUCCAUGAAAAAUCAUGGAUGAGUCAUCCAGUAAAGCUACUGCCAGCAAUCCAGAGAGCUUUGCAGAGCGGAAAAGUGGUUGUUGAUAAAGUUGUACUGUCUUCGGAGGAAGCUAUUGCUUCCAUAAAUUCAUCAGUCUCAUGGAUUAGAAAGUAUGUUGUGCGCUUGAUCCUACCUGAGGCAAGAAAAGCUAUUUCUGACAGAGAAUUGUUUAAAGCAGAGGCAAUAAGAAUGAAUGAUGUUUUUAAGGCUGCUUAUUGGAAACUAGCUAAACUGAUGGUUCUGGAGGGUUACUUACCAGAUGAGGACUUGCUGUUCUUCCUAACUCAUUCAGAAAUUGGACAAGUUCUUCAGCUGAAAUCAACAAACAUCAUCUCAAAAGCCCAGCGACGGAGAAGGUUACUGGAAAGGCAAAUGGGUCUGCAAUUUAAAGAAAUGAACAUUGGUAAACCUGUGCCAAUUGACCAAUAUCAGGGUGAGGAAACUGGAAGAAAAAUAACUCUGAGAGGUAUGACAGUAAGCCAGGGGACUGUGAAGGGAACAGCACGUGUUGUGAAAGCCAUUCUGGAUGCUGAGUGCAUCCAACAGGGGGAUAUUUUAAUUGUGGCAAGUACAGACAUUGGAUGGAGCCCAUACUUCCCUCUACUCAGGGGACUGGUCACUGAGAUCGGAGGAUUGCUUUCACAUGGUGCCGUAGUUGCACGUGAACAUGGGUUACCUUGUAUUGUGAGUUGCAAAAAUGCGACAAACUUAUUGAAAUCAGGUGAUACAGUGAUUCUCAAUGGGAGACAAGGAUUUGUGCAAAAAGUUGAAGCAAACUGAAAAUUUGAAUGUAUUGAUAAGACAACAUCACCUUUGUUUUCAUGUUUCUAAGACUGCAGUUUUAAGUUAAAUAUAAAUAUUCACACAGUGAAGUAUUUUUAUACAUAAAUAUAGAACAAACAGGAAGAAAGUUAGCCACCAGGAUACAUGAACACCAGCUAGCCACAAAAAGACACGGCCCUCUCUCUCUCAUAGCCCUACACACGGAUGAAAAAAACCCACUAUUUCAACUGGGAUAAAACAUCUAUCCUGGGACAGGCUAAGCAAAGACAUGCCAGAGAAUUCCUAGAGGCCUGGCACUCCAACCCAAGGCAUCUAGAUCUAUAUUUUUGUUUAUGGCGAUCUAUCAACCCUUCAAAAAACGAACAGGAAAUGACAUCACCACAAACCCCAGGAACCCCAUCCAGGAGAAAGAUAUAAAUGGAAAGCAGGAGACAACAGCUUCGCUUCACUUGGAGGUCGCCACUGAUGAUGUUACCUAGCCAGGUAAUGAAACGUCUAGAUAUCAAACCUUCAGCUCAGUGAGCAAACCUACACCCUAAACAGAUUGAAUGUGCAAAAUCCUCACAGAUAGUCACCUGAGAGUAGAAUUGAACCAGGUUCCAUGGUGCUGUGAGGCAGCUGUGCUAACCACUGAGCCACCAUGUAACCCCAGUCAUUUGCAUUCUUCUGAAUUCUACUUCCAUCUGUACCCGACUGUAUUGUUAGGGUUUUUAAAGGUUUGAUUAAAAUGAAUUCAAAAAGACACAUGCUCUUUGUAAUAAAGUAAAUCUGUUAGCUUAAACUACUUUGGAUAUAUUCAACAAGCAAGUCUCACUGGCUUCUGCCAUCAGGGACUUAGGUGACACUGUCUCUUGGAGAUCUAUCUCAAUUUUCAUGGGACUAGUCUGUGAACCCCAGUCCAAUGGAGAAAGGUCCUCAAGCCCUGGGGAAAUGUCCCCAAUAUCAAUACUGUUCUAAAAAUGAUAUUAUGCUGUAUUGCCAUCUCUGAGUACUUUUCCCAGGCAUUCCUCUGCUUGAAGGCCACAAACAAAUCCAGGUGUUGCUGCAAAACAGACUGCUCCCAAUUGCAGGGGAAGGUUAUUGUUGUCACCUUCCAGCCAAAACAGACUACUUUUACAUUAAGCCUGUUUUUCAUGUAUUUUCCUUCGAUUUGUUAUUGCCAUGUCCAAUUAAUCCUUAACAGCUAACCUUUACUGAACUGCCUUGGUAAUUAUCAGUUUUGAACCUAACUCUACAACCGCACUCUAGCUUCUCACCCUCGCUUGGUCUUGAUACUAAGACCUAUUUAUUUGACAUUGGCUGUCUCAACCUUUCCCCUACUGACUGGAAACUUCUCCCUCUGAAUGUACAGCCCUGUGUUUCCUAAUGAGAGCAGAAAGUGCCAAAGAAACGGACGUGUGGAAAGAGAAGUGGAGUUAACCUUUCGUGUCCAAUAUGGCACUUCUUCCCUACUUGAAACAUUACCUGUUUCUCAGUGUAUCAAUGAUAGCAGGCCUACAGAAUUUCUCCAGCAGGUUUUUUUUUCAAAACUUCGACAUCCACAGUACUUUGCUUUUAUUUCUAUGUUACUGAAUGCUGCUAUCAAACCCUGCUGACAAGGGCAGCACAACUAGCUGGCAUUUGGAUCUUGCCCCAGCACAUUCUCUGGACCAUGAUCUCUAACAUCCAAGUUGUCACAACCCUCAUCUCACAGAGUCAUAGAGAUGUACAGCAUGGAAACAGACCCUUCGGUCCCACCCGUCCAUACUGACUAGAUAUCCCAACCCUGUCUAGUCCCACCUGCCAGCACCCGGCCCAUAUCCCUCAAAACCCUUCCUAUUCAUAUACCCAUCCAAAUGCCUCUUAAAUGUUGCAAUUGUACCAGCUUCCACCACUUCCUCUGCCAGCUCAUUCAAUACACGUAUCAUCCUCUGUGUGAAAAAGUUGCCCCUUAGGUCUCUUUUAUAUCUUUCCCCUCUCACUCUAAACCUAUACCCUGUCUAGUUCUGCACUCCCCGACCUCAGGGAAAAGACUUUGUCUAUUUAUCCUAUCCAUGCCCCUCAUAAUUUUGUAAACCUCUGUAAGGUCACCCCUCAGCCUCCGGCGCUCCAGGAAAAACAGCCCCAGUCUGUUCAGUCUCUCCCUAUAGCUCAAAUCCUCCAACCCUGGCAACAUCCUUGUGAAUCUUUUCUGAACCCUCUCAAGUUUCACAGCAUCCUUCCUUUAGGAAGGAGACCGGAAUUACACACAAUAUUCCAACAGUGGCCUAACCAAUGUCCUGUACAGCUGCAACAUACUUCCUAAUUCCUGUACUCAAUACUCUGACCAAUAAAGGAAAGCAUACCAAAUGCCUUCUUCACUAUCCUAUCUACCUGCGACUCCACUUCAAGGAGCUAUGAACCUGCACUCCAAGGUCUCUUUGUUCAGCAACACUACCUAGGACCUUACCAUUAAGUAUAUACAUCCUGCUAAGAUUUGCUUUCCCAAAGUGCAGCAUCUCGCAUUUAUCUGAAUUAAACUCCAUCUGCUACUUCUCAGCCCAUUGUCCGAUCUGGUCAAGAUCCUGUUGUAAUCUGAGGUAAACUUCUUCGCUGUCCACUACACCUCCAAUUUUGGUGUCAUCUGCAAACUUACUAACUGUACCUCUUAUGCUGCCCUGACUGGCCUCCAAUCCUGUUGCAAAUCACAGAAUCACAUGAUUGUUACAGCCCACAAGGAGGCCAUUCAGCCAGCCAUAUCUAUGCUCGCUGUCCCAAUGAGUGCACCUCAUCCCUUUCUCCCAAACUCUGGCAUAACCUUUCUUUUUCGAUAAUAGUUCAAUUCAUUCAUAAGUGACUCAAUUGAGCCUGCCCUUUCCAUACUCAGAGGCAGCACAUUCUAGAUCCCACUCACUGCACCAAAACAUUUCUCUUGAUGUUUCCAAUGCUUCUUUUACAAACAUCUUAAAUCCAUGAUCUCUAAUGUCCAAUGCCUGAUCCAUACCCUAUCUUUCCGUGGAUGGGAAUAGUUCUUCCCCAUUUCUCUAGACCCCUUCAUCAUAUCUUCUCUCAACUUCCAUUUCUCCAAGGAAGACAGUCCCAACUUUUCCAAUCUACAUAACCUUGCAAACAGUCUCAUGAAUUCCCUUUGCCUUUCCUUCACUCAUUCAUGGCACAUAAGCACCAUCUGAAAAAAGCUAACAUUUAUUGCCCAUGCCAAAUUGUCCUUGAGCCAUUUUUUUUUAAACUCUGCUGUCCAUGUGGUGUCAGUAUACCCACAUUGCUGUGGUAGAGAAGGCAGUGGGUGGAGUUGGGGAGGGCAAUGGGAGAUGAGGGGUCUUUCCAGGAUUUUGAGUCGGUGAGAGUGACAGAAUGGCAGUUCCGUUCAGGGCAAUGUGUGACUUGGAGCAGAAUCUGCAGUUGUUGUGUAGGUUUCGAAAGAGCAGAGCGGGUUAUAAAAAUGAAUAACUGACAAUCUAUGAAGAAAAGGUGAAUAUGUAUUGAUAAAAAGUUCGGUCUCAGAGCCGUGUGAUAUUUUAUGUAAAGUCAAUAGGUAUAAACAUUCAGAAUGUCUAACAUAUGAGUUUAAUUUAAAGUUUCAUUCUUAAAAACCAAACAAUGUUUUUUGUGUCUGUAUAUGUAACUGUAACAGAUUAUUCUAUAAUUUUCAUUGAGUCAAUAAAGUUAUACAACAUGAAA